AUGGAAAUCGAUUUGAAUAAUCCUCGUGGUGGAUCACGACGACGCCAUAGUCAACUACGUUUACUUGAAAAACAAAUUCGUUCUGAAAUAUUCGAACGAUGUCUACAAUUUAUUGAUGUUAUUAUUAAUCAAAUUAUUUAUCAAGAAAAUAUUUAUCCUUCAAACACGGUAUAUAAAUGUAUUGAUAAUGAUAUAUCAUCAUAUAUAAUAUUAUGUGUUGCAUCAUUAAGAGAUUUAUUUUCUCAACAAUUAUCUGAUAUGAUUUCAAUAAAUAUCAUUCGAAAUUUUCAAAUUCCAAUUAUUCUUCGAAGAUAUUUAAUUGAAUUACAUACUAUUCAUGAUCCAUGUUUACGAGCUGUUUAUGAUAAUAGAAAACAAUUAAUUAAUCAAAUUGAUCAAGCAUUUGCUCAUUGUAUUCAAACAAUUAAACAAAUAAAACCAUUGGAAAAUCAUAAUUUUAAUAAACAAUGGACAUUUCAAUUAAGAUUAUGUCCUAAUGAAAAAAAUAACAAAAAGGACUAUUCGAAAGAAACAAACGUGUCUUCUUCAGUUAGCAAAAAAUCAAAUGAAUCAGAACUUUGGCUAUUAACGACAACGAAUAAUCCUCCAAUAUGUACAAUAGAUGAUCAAGAUAUGAAAUCAAGUGAUAUUGAAGAAAAAUCAAAGGAUAAAAACCGACAAAAUAAGAAUAAAGGAACGAUAAUUAAUGCUGAUUUAUUUAUUGAUCAUUAUCAUUUAACACAAAGAACUGAUCGAGAAAAUUUCGAUGCUCUUCAAUAUUCAUCUGAAGAUGAAGAUCAACCUCAAUCACCUUAUUCUCCUGAUAAUGUUUGGCAAGAAGAAGAUAAUGAUGAGGAUGAAGAUUUAUGA